ACUCUCGUCACAACGUAAUGUGCCGUGCUGCUUCUAGCGGCGCUGGUGACAGUGCUGAAAGCUGUUGGGUAUGAAGUGACACGGAACUGAAUUUUUUACCAUCCGCAACUGCUUCAAGUUCAGAUCACGACAAAGAAACUGAAGAGAAACUAUCCAAAAUCAAGCAGAGUUGCAAAAUUUGAAGACUCAUAGGAAAUACAAAGGAUCACUUCAAAAGUCUAAAACAAAAGAAGUAACCAAAUCCUGUGACGACCAAAGAAGACGCACAGAAGACGACAUUUCCUGUGCUUGAGCAUAUAAUAGAAGCCAACAACAGAUCUGAAACCAGAAGUUUGUGCCUACUCAACAGCUUUGACAAAGCACAUGUCCCAACGCUGCUCCUAGCCCUCCUCAUCAUUACCACACCACGGAUUCACCACCGGGGUGUGGAGUGGGCUGCUGUCUAGUUGUUUUUUUUUUUUUUCUCCACUCACAUAGAUCCCCAUCUCACCGUUCUUCCUUGCUCCCAAAAGUUUUUUUUUAAAGCGGUGUUAUUGCACCUGCUUUGGCCUUUUUUCUAUUAGAUUUCUCCCCCUGCUUUUUUCUGCUUUAUGCAACCAUCUGAUACUUGUGCCAGAAAUCUGUAACGUGUGCGUGUCCGUUCAACUGUGUGUGAAGAGAUCUGUAGGAACUGCGUAGUCAUCGUGAAGUUCAAGAUACAAGACAUUUCAAGACAUCCAGAGGUGUGUCAUUGAGUGGUUACUUUAACAAAAAAAUAGUACGUAACAAUCAAGCAAAAAUAUCAGCAAGUGCUCUGACAAGUUGUGCUCAAGUUUAUGGGAAAAUAUGGGGAGCCCCUGGAAAGGCUUUGUUGAGUUUACCUUGCCGGCGUCGCCACCCACCGCAUUUGUUAGCGCUGACCUGAGCAGCACCUCCCCAGUCGGACUCAGCCUGUCACCGUACGCUCGAUCCAUGAGUUUCGACCCAGGAAUGCUCCAUAACAAUGGGCACACAGCAUAUGCCAACGGCAGUGGGCCCGGUAUUAGAGAGACUGGCGUGGUGGAGAAGCUUCUGACUUCGUAUGGGUUCAUCCAGUGCUCUGAACGACAGGCCCGCCUCUUCUUCCACUGCUCCCAAUACAAUGGCAACCUGCAGGAGCUUAAAAUCGGAGAUGAUGUUGAGUUUGAGGUAUCCUCUGACAGGCGCACUGGCAAGCCGAUAGCAGUGAAGCUGCUUAAGAUAAAGCCAGAGCUGCUGCCAGAGGAGCGCAUCUCGGGCCAGGUGGGGCCAGACCUGCACGCCUAUCCCUUUACUGUGCUGCAUGGUUAUAUUCAUCCAGUUGUCUCAUCAAUUCCUAUGCAGUUAGAUGGAAAAUCUGCUCCCGGUCAGAUGUACUCCGGCAGUGUUUGCUAUGAAAGAAAUGGGGAAGUGUUUUACCUGACUUACACCCCUGAAGAUGUGGAGGGGAACAUCCACUUGGAAACUGGCGACAAAGUGUGCUUCUAUAUGGACACCAACAAGCUUACCGGGGCAGUUAGCGCUCGCAAUAUUCAGCUGGUGAAAAAAAAGCAGACCAGGUGCCAGGGGGUGGUGUGUGCGACAAAGGAGGCGUUUGGAUUUAUCGAGAGGGCUGACGUGGUGAAGGAGAUCUUUUUUCACUACAGCGAGUUCAAAGGUGAUCUAGAAGCUCUGCAAGCCGGAGAUGAUGUCGAGUUCACCAUCAGAGAUCGAAAUGGUAAAGAAGUAGCUACAGAAGUCAGACUUCUUCCACAAGGAACCGUGAUUUUUGAAGAUAUAAGCAUCGAACAGUUUGAGGGCACUGUGGUCAAAGUCAUUCCCAAAGUUCCUACUAAAAACCAGAACGACCCGCUGCCAGGUCGCAUCAGCGCCCGCAUCGGCCACACCGACAAAGAGCUACCAUUUGGCGAAAAGGACACCAAGUCAAAGGUCACCCUUCUGGAAGGGGAUCAUAUUCAAUUCAACAUUUCCACCGACCGCAGAGACAAGCUCGAAAGGGCUACAAACAUCGACGUCCUCCCAGAUUCCUUUAACUUCACCAAGGAAACUCGAGAAAUGGGUGUGAUUGCUGCUAUCCGUGAUGGAUUUGGAUUCAUCAAGUGUGUGGAUAGAGAUGCUCGAAUGUUUUUUCACUUUAGCGAAGUCUUGGAGGAGACACAGUUGCACAUUUCAGAUGAAGUGGAGUUCACUGUUGUGCCUGAUAUGCUCUCUGCUCAGAGAAACCAUGCCGUGCGAAUCAAGAAACUACCUAAGGGCACUGUAUCCUUCCAUACCCAGUCUGAGCAGCGCUUCCAUGGUGUCGUGGAAAAGGAGGCUACACCUGCGACCCCCAAAAAUGCCAGUCCCACGAAGGGCAAGGAGAAGGAAGCCGAGGAUGGAGUGAUUGCAUAUGAAGACUGUGGUGUGAAGCUCACUGUGCCGUAUCAUGUCAAGGACUUGGAGGGAGGAUAUAACCCACAGGCUGGAGACAAGGUGGAGUUCUGCAUCAAUGAAGUGAAGAGAACCGGUCUGCAAAGUGCCGUCUCCAUCCGGGUCCUUAACCGAAACUCGUCCAACUCCAGGAGGCUGCAUGGAUUUGUCGCCACUUUAAAGGACAACUUUGGCUUCAUUGAGACUGCAAAUCAUGAUCAAGAGAUCUUCUUUCACUACAGUGAAUUGUGUGGCGACGUGGACAAUUUGGAUCUUGGAGACACUGUGGAAUACACUCUCUCAAAGGGGAAGGGGAAUAAAGUCAGUGCAGAGAAAGUUACCAAAGUGGCUGCUGUGAAUGGUGUCGGUGAAGAUAUCAGUGCGACGGUAAUGACGGGCAAAGUCAUCCGCCCGAUCCGCAGCGUUGAUCCAUCCCAGACUGAAUAUCAAGGGCUGAUUGAAGUGAAUGAAGAAGGUGACCGUGCGAGUAAAGGCCAGACUUAUCCCUUUGGCAUCAUGGGGAUGGCCAACAAGUCUGACUGCCUGCAGAAGGGAGAGCUUGUCAAAUUCCAGGUGUGCACCGUGCCUCAGACUGGACAGAAGAUGGCCUGCAACGUGGUCCCUCAGCGGAGAGCCUUGGUGGAGUGCGUCAAAGAUCAGUUUGGCUUCAUCACAUACGAGGUGGGUGAGGGCAAGAAGCUAUUCUUCCAUGUGAAGGAGGUGCAGGACGGCCUGGAGCUCCAGGCUGGCGAUGAGGUGGAGUUCUCUGUGGUCUUCAAUCAACGCAUUGGGAAAUGUAGUGCCUGCAACGUUCGUCGAAUCAGUGAGGGGCCGAAGCCUUUGGUGACCCCUCGCCCGGAUCGUCUGGUGAACAGACUGAAGAGCAUCACUCUGGAUGAUGCCAGCGCUCCCCGCCUGGUCAUCGUGAGGCAGCCUCGUGGACCCGACAGUUCUAAGGGCUUCAGUUUGGAGCGCAAGACCCGCCAGCCCGGUGUCAUCGACUGAGCAAUACAGAGUGUGGAGUGAUGGUCGGCUUCUGUCCUGUUUGACCACCGUGGGGAAUAAGGGAAAUGAAUCGAUCACUUGCUUGUACACACAAAUUUAAAGCCGCCAACACACAGUACUUGUGUGUCCCUGCGAUGGAGCUCAUUUCCACAGUUCCCUGCCUUCCAUAUACUUGAGUUCCACGCUGCAGGAAACGUGGCAUCUCGGAGUGUGUAUGUGUGUGUAUGUUUAUGUAGCCUACCAGUGAUUCAAGUGUGUAAGGGGAUACUUGUUCUUGAGGGCCUCGUGCCUCUGAAUCAGAUUGUGUGCUUAUCCGUCUUCUACCUUUCUCCCUGUCUGGAAUUCUGCACCUGUCGCGCUGGUUUGUCGGAGUGUGUAUGUCAACGUCGGCAUGUCUUUGCUUCCCUCCAUUUCUGUUCUGCUUUUUCUGCCCAUAGGAACCGUCAGGUUAGUUUUCUGCUUUUGUAUGCUUUUCCUCUAAACGCAUAAAGCAAUGUUCCCUCCAUAAGGAGGAUCAUAUUUCUCAUCUGUGCAAGCUUGAACUGAGGAUUCUUCCUGCUCGCUUUUUUUGAGCAGUUUUAAAUGCUUUACUGAAGAGCUUAGUCGAGAGCAUGAUUCGAGGGUGUAUGAUGUAUGUGGGUGUCAAACUAGUUACAAAUUUGGAGCCUUUUGGGAACCUUUUCGGUGCCCUCAAGCUUCGCCUAAGCAAUUUUCCCAGGUGCAGAAUUCCUUUAGCAUCUUAUAUCUGCUGUUCUUUUAUACAUUUUUUUUUCCUUGCACAUUUUUUUGAUUUGAAAUCAUGGGAAUAUUGAGAUUAAGGUGCCUAAAAUACGUGGGAAGGGGAUGCACACAGAACAAUGAUUUAAAAAAAAAAAUGAUACAGAGGAUCUGUCCUCGAUUCUUAGCCCACCAAAAUACUCAGAACAAUCUAAGGGUGGCUUUGUUUUCUAGUAGAAUUCAUGAUAUGCAUCCCGAACCUGUGGGUUGAACUAUACUGUAUGUAUUGUGUGAGUUUUUUUUCCUUAUUAAAAGUUCAGAUUUCAAAUAGGACAGAAGAAAAUUAACAACACAGAGGGGAAAUGGCGAAGUAGUACACGUUUGAUUUUAAAAACCGACAAUACCAACCGUGCUCUGUCAGCAUGUUGGAUGUUGAUCUCUCAGCCGGAGAGAAGUGCUUUCAACUUGCAAGAUUACCAGGUUUCCGUUGAACUACAUUAAAAGGUUCUGAUGUACUUUCGUUAUUGGUCUUGGAUGAAACGAUUGAAUUAAAGUUUUAUGAAAA